CUUCUUUCUAGAGUUGCUGUUUUGUUACGCAGUUGCCAUGUUCUUUCUGAGAAGUAGAUGCAUUUCAGCCUUGGGUAAAUCAAGUUACAGCCUGUAGGCCAGAAAGCUGACUCAUUUGAUUUCACGGCUGACAUAGUCCUCGACUGUCCGACUCAGGACAAACCAUUCCUGGGAACAUACAAGAAUAGCAACUACACAUAUCCACCUGUGGAGCCCACUAAUGAACCAAUAGAGAAUUGGGGCAGUGACCUGUCAUGUUCUGAACAGACUCCAUCCAGUCAUGUCCCAACAUCAGUACAUGAGCUACAACCUGCUGACAUCAAAGUUAUAGGAGCACUGGGAGAUUCCCUGACUACUGCAGUAGGAGCCAAAGCAACUGACCUACAAACAGACUGGAGGGGACUUUCCUGGAGUAUUGGAGGUGAUGAGACCCUGGAGACCCAGACUACUUUACCCAAUAUCUUGAAAAAAUUCAAUCCGAACCUCUUUGGCUUCUCCACUGGCAGCUCUAAGGAAACAGCUGGAUUCAACAUUGCAGAGAGAGGUGCCACAGCGCGCAAUAUGUCAGCCCAAGCACGUGAAUUGGUGGAGCUAAUGAGAAGCAGCUCAAAUAUUAAUUUCAAGGAAGAUUGGAAGCUGAUCACUGUCCUCGUUGGAGGCAAUGACCUAUGCCAGUACUGCUUGGACAAGGAAACCUAUUCAGUGCAAAAGUAUGUAAAGCACCUUCAGGACACUCUGGAUAUUUUCUAUGAGGAGCUCCCAAGAGUCUUUGUCAACAUGGUGGAGAUACUAGAGAUUUCUGGACUGCGUCAGGUCGCAGCAAGCUCUUUGGGGUGCGCUUUGACAGCAAAGAAAGUUUGCCCGUGUUUUUUAAACCCUGAGGAAAACUCUUCUGAACUACAAGAAAUUAAAAGAGUUAACAGAGAUUUUCAGGCUGAAGCCUUACAGCUGAUCAACAGCGGUCGGUACGAGGAGCGUGAGGACUUUGCAGUUGUCAUGCAGCCUUUUUUCCGAAACACCUUGUUGCCCCUGGAUAGCAACGGCAAGCCAGAUCUGAGUUUCUUUGCUGCAGACUGCUUUCAUUUCAGUGUAAGAGGCUACGCUGAGAUGGCCAUGGCUCUCUGGAAUAAUAUGCUGGAGCCAGUUGGUGAAAAGCAGACUUGGAACAACUUUACCCAUGACAGAUUAAAACUCAAGUGUCCAAACCCUGAGAAACCCUUUCUUUUCACGCUGAGAAAUAGUGGAUUCAGAAAUUCAGAUUUCAACUUGAAGAAAACCGAACCUUCAGUCCCCUACUGGGCUGUCAUUGUGGCUGCAGUAGCUGGAGUCCUGGUGGGUUCUUUACUCAUCUGGCUUGUGUCAGGAAGAGGAGCCAAGAGGCGCCAACAUGAGACUGACACAGAAAAGAACAUUAAAACGACAUCUCUGUAAAGCAAGUGGAACAAACAUCUGUCUCUGCUGAGGCUGCUCUCUGGUGUGACGCAGAGAGCAGCAGAAUAAAAAAACUUGGAUAUAAAUGAAGCUGCUUGGUUAGCCAGGGAUUUUGGGGCCCAAUAAUCUUGAUCAGAAAUGUACUGUAGAGUGAGCUUCUGCAGGUCAGUCAAGUGGAGGAUGAAGUUCGAAGCGCUGAACCUUUUUCAUUCUGGGAUGCAAAUCUCCGUUUCAUGAAUAUUACUCAGG